UCGCGGCGCGCGGGCGGUGGCGGCGGGCGGCGGCGGGCCGGAGGUCACUCGGCACGGGGGCGCAGCAUGGCCGCAGCGGUGGUGCGCCGGGGAUCUGCGGGCUGGUGGCGCUGGCACCGGCGGGUGAUGGUGUGUUCUAGGACUAUGGCUUCCAAAACCCCAGUUGGAUUCGUUGGGCUGGGUAACAUGGGAAAUCCAAUGGCAAAAAACCUGGUAAAGCAUGGAUAUCCAGUUGUUGUGUAUGAUGUCUUCCCAGAAGCUUGCAAAGAAUUUCAAGACUUGGGUGCUCAGGUAACAGAAUCCCCAGCAGACGUAGCAGAAAGAGCAGACAGAAUUAUUACCAUGCUGCCUUCUAAUCCCCAUGCAAAAGAAGUUUACACAGGAGCAAAUGGAAUUCUAAAGAAAGUGAAGAAAGGCUCAUUGCUAAUAGAUUCCAGCACUAUAGAUCCAGCAGUUUCAAAAGAAUUAGCCAAAGCUGCUGAAAAUAUGGGAGCAGUUUUCAUGGAUGCCCCAGUUUCUGGAGGUGUUGGAGCUGCUCGAGCUGGAAACCUUACUUUCAUGGUUGGUGGAGUGGAACAAGAAUUUAAUGCUGCCAAAGAGUUGCUGACAUGCAUGGGUUCCAAUGUGGUUUACUGUGGAGAGGUUGGAACCGGACAGGCUGCAAAGAUCUGCAACAACAUGCUCUUGGCCAUCAGUAUGAUUGGGACUGCUGAGGCUAUGAAUCUUGGAAUCAGAUUAGGCCUUGACCCAAAGCUGCUGGCCAAAAUCCUAAAUAUGAGCUCAGGUCGCUGUUGGUCAAGCGAUACAUAUAACCCUGUUCCUGGAGUGAUGGAAGGAGUACCCUCAGCUAACAAUUAUCAAGGUGGCUUUGGAACAACACUCAUGGCUAAGGAUCUUGGCUUGGCCCAGAUUUCUGCCACCAACACGAAGACACCGGUUCCUUUGGGCUCCCAGGCACAUCAGAUCUACAGGAUGAUGUGUGCCAAAGGUUAUGCCAUGAAAGACUUCUCAUCUGUGUUCCAGUUUUUACGUGAAGAGGAAAGCUUGUGAGCUGUCCUUUGGAAAUGGACACAAUAAAAAAACCACUUUUUUUUUUAUCCUUAUAGCUCAUUUGGGAAGUUUGUGGGUUUAAUCAAGUACUGUGCAUCCUGCUCCCAUACAGAUUAAUCAUCUUUGGCUGUCCAGAUCACAACGAACUCCAGAGUUUCUUUAUAACUCUUGAAAAAGCAAGCCGCAGGGAAGGAAUUGUUUGGCAAUUAGCCAACAGCAAGCCCUUUUUUUUUUUUUAAAGAACCAUCAAAGUUUUUUUCACUAGAUGCAAUAAAUAAAUAUUUUUUUUUAUGAAACACUUAACUGUUCACAUAUAAAAUAACUUACGUUAUGGCUACAAACUUAGUUGAAUCAUGAAUAAGAGAAUGUUUUAUUACAAUUUUAUCAUAUAUAGUGAUCUAUUAAAAUUUAAAAUUAAUACCUUAUGGAAAAAGGGAAUAUAUGUUCAAUGAGGAAACACAUCUUGAAAUGGAUUUUUUUGUUGUUUUGGACCUACUAGCCUUGAGUUGAUCGGAAGUUAAUUUUUCCUGGGGUUCAGGUUGCAAAUUAAGUUCAUAGGCACGUGUUCUAAGCGGAAGGCUGUUACACCAUGUUUACCUGAUAGACUUAGGUUAAAUAAUAUAGAACGUGUGUCCCUCUUGUAAAGCUCCGUUAUUGUAUUUUGCUAACCCAAUUUUAUAUUUUCUUGUAUUCUGUCACGCAUUUUCAGAACUCAAGAUCGGCACUUACCAGAAGUUCUAAUAAAGUGUACAUUUGUUUUAGGUAAUUAUUAAAGUAUUUUAAAUCUAAACAAACCCCAUUAUUUUGAAAAUAAAUAAAAUCUAUACUGCUAAAUA